AUGACCACACCCGAGCUCGCGACGCCUUGUGCAGCUGUCGAGGCGCCAUGCAGCGCCCCCGCGUCGCUGUCCGAACCCCCAGUGGCCGUCGAAGCUCCGCCAGCCCCUCCUCUUGCUUCUGGCAAGAAAACAAGCGCGUGGAAAGAACGCGGGAGCAAGAACUUGACGUACGACGAGCGACGCUCGAUGCUCGAUUUCCUCCUCGAGCGACGCGUUGACGGCACGUCGAAGCUCGCGCGCCACGCGGUCACGGACGCCGCCACGGAGUUUCGAGUGGACCGGCGCACGGUCUCUCGGCUGUGGAAACGAGCGGUGCAGAGUUUCGAGAAUGGCGACGAAGUGUGUGACGUGGCGUCACGAAAAGUCGGACAUCGCGGACGCCGGAAACGCGACUGGUCGGCUGAGCUCAAGCGCGUGAAAGAGAUCCCCUUGUCGCAGCGAGGCUCGAUCCGCGCGCUGGCAAUGGCAGUGGGGAUUCCCAAGACAACGCUCUACGAGCUCUUGAAAGAGGACGGCAGCCCUUGUAUCAACUCGAUCAAGCCGUCGCUCACGGACAAGAACAAGCUGGAUCGACUGCGGUAUUGCGCCGACAAGGUACGGCUGAACGGGCUAUUUGACGACAUGCACAACGUUGUGCACGUGAAUGUCAAGCGGUUUGCCCUGUCGCGAGACAAGAAGACCAAGAUCAUGUUUAUGGCAGCAGUGGCGAGACCGCAGUGGGAUCUGCACAAGAACGAGUGCUUUGAUGGCAAAAUCGGUACAUGGCCGUUCGUGCGGGAAGUGACGCAGGUACAGGAGGCAGACGUGCCACCAUCGCCAGAGCGGACGUUUGUUGCACUGGAGGCUGUGACGAAGGACGACGUGCAGCGCAUGAUCACAGAGCUAGUGAUCCCGGCCAUUCGGGUGAAAAUGCCGGUGCAUCUCAUGCACGGUCCCAUCUACAUCCAGCAAGAUAGUGUGAAGAUUCGGUGCGCAGGCGACGCCGGCUUUGCUGAAGAAGGACGGAAGCACGGCUGGAACAUCCAGAUGCAGGCCCUCCCACCGUAUUCCCCGGACUUCGUCGUGAUGGAUAGCGCUCUGUUCAAACCGAUGCUGGAUGCAUUGAAAGCCUCGCCACCUCCAGCGCCCGUGUCGUCGAUGUCUGGAUUUGCGGAGUUGAUAUCGGGUGUGGAGCAAGGGUUUGCUUCGCUCACGAAAGACGAGAUCAAUGACGCAUUCUUGACGUUGCAAAAGGCUAUGGAGUGUACGAUGCGCGUUCAAGGCGCGAACACGUACGAGCUCGGUCCCACGAGUAGAGAGCAGCUCCAAAUGGAAGGCAGUCUACCUGUGAGCAUACUGUGCGAUCCGGAUGCGUUGUUGGCAUGCAAAGCGGCGCUUGAUGAUGCUACGAGAGAAGGCCUUGAAGCUCUCUGA